AUUGUUCACUCCCACCUCCUGUAGUUCAAGGUUUACUCUUGGGCAGUCAAGGUCAAUUUUUAACUAGCACUAGGCGUACCACAUGGGCUAUGAGUAUGAGAACAGUCAGGCAUAGCUGUCACAUCGAUCACAACUGUAUCAUUAUGUUGGCGAAACUCGUUGCACUUUCUUCUGCGAUCGGCCAUGCUUGACCACACAACAAAGUGCUAGCAUAAUUUUCUAUAAAACAUGGGUCAAUCCGUGUUCAACAGUCAUUUACUUGUCGGUGGUUUCGGUGAAAAGUAGACGAUAAGUGAUUUGAUUUAUUUCGAUUAUUACCAUGAUACGAAUGAAAACGUUAUUAGUGGUUUGGUUAGCCUGUGCUGUGGCAGAUUAUGUGGAAGAACGCGAGUUCAUACCAUCUGCCAGCAUGGAUACGGAAGACGGGUGGCGUGUGAUGCAGAGUCCUUUGACGAAAUUCGAAGAAACUCCUGGAAGUGAAACUCAAAUGUAUACGUCUUUUCCUAAACUGGAAAGACUGUCUAACGAAAUUGGGAAAGAUUUUCUAAAUGAUGACGAAGAAUUCCGCAUUCAUGUGGUUGAUGGCAAACAUGGAGAGAAAAAUGCUUCACCACGUGAAGGAGAUAAUUUGCCAGUAGCAUCGUCAUUAGUCGGAGCCAUGCCAAGCAAACACGAAAAAGAAUCAGUCGUUCCACCACUUCGGAUAGUGAAGCCUCCCAAGUCGUUCAAUGAAAAUAUGCUGCGCAAACCGACUCAAUUUGCUAAUAACGAAAUAUAUGCACCAUACCUACCGAAAAAAAUAGUUAGAGAACCCUUGAUGGAUCGUCUGCCCUACUACGACAUGGUGCCAGAAAACACCUACCAGUCAUUAUCCCAUCUGGAGGAUUCAUUCUACUUACCUUCGUAUGAUCAUCAGAGUACUCCGCAAUUUCUACCUUAUCGCAAUCAUCCAGCACUGGACAAUUCAAUCGAAUAUUACGAAGUCGACAAAUAUGCCCCGCCAAUAAUAUUGAAGGAAGAAAUUUCAUACGAAGGUAUGCCAUUCGUUCCACAUCGCUUCCCUCCCAUGCCGCAGAAAAUGAGUUUUCCGGGUGGAGGUAUGUUUCCAAAACCAUACUUCAAGGGCCCGCCAUUGCCGAUCUCAGUGAAAGCCAGAAAAAUCGUUAGAAAACCAAAGCGAAUGGUGUCUUUCGGGAGGUCAUCAAGAGGAAUACCAAUUGUUCGGGGUCGCUUCAGAGUGUGA